CUUCUCAUCGAUAUUUAAGUAUUUUUAGAUUAUUCACAAAAGCCAAGUUCCCGUUUGAUGAUAAAACUAUGAAGAAGACACCUGUCUCCAUAUUACAAGAAAUGAUGGUAAAAAAGGGUGGAAUUCCAAAUUAUGAGCUUAUUUAUAAUGGAGGUGGAUCGCAUCAAAAUGUUUUUACAUAUCAAGUUUUAUGCGAUGGUCUCCAAGCAUCUGGGACGGGUCGUUGUAAAAAAGAUGCUAAGCAUAAAGCAGCAACGGCGAUGCUCGAAGUAAUUGCAAAAGAAAAGGGGCUACUUCAGUUACCUGCGAGUCCUUGCAAAUCACCAAUCAAAUCACCAAUACCGAAAUUACCUGAAUCACCAAAGUUAACAACAAACGUUGAAUUUCGUAAUACCAUUGGUGAACUACAGGAUUUCUGCUCGCUGACUAAUUUAGAUGAUCCUUUGUAUAAAGAGACAGGCAACAUAGGACCCGCUCAUGCAAAAGUUUUUACUGUACAAUGUUUGGUAUCGACCUUUAUAGAAGAAGGCACCGCUACGACAAAGAAACAGGCCAAACAUGAAGCAGCACGGAAAAUGCUAAAUCGUAUUUCAAGCGUCGUCACGGAUGGAGUAAUUAAUAAAUUAUCUGACUCUAAAACAAACAUGAUGGACAUUCGAAAUGAAGUAGCAAUUGCUAAAUAUGGAAAAUUAAGUAAAACAAAUAACGAGAUAGUAAAACCUAAAGUAAAUUGGGGUGUUAAAAUAUCAAACUACUAUAAAAGUCUAAAAGAAAGAUUGAGCGAACAAGAGAGAAAUGAAUUUCUAGUACUGUUAGAAGACAUUGAAAUUGGUUUGGAAAAUAUAGCUAACACGCACGAGUUAAAGCAAAAAUUUGAAAAUGUUAUGGAAUCAUUUGAAAUACCAGUUUAUUAUAUGAAAUAUUCUUCUAACAAAAACUUCAAUACAAAGUCCAUAAUAAGUAUAAAAUUAAACACAGCACCAGAUAUUCAAGAAUUUGGCUACGGUCAAAAUAUUAUGUCGGCAGAAGCAAACGCUAUAAAAAACAUUAUCGAUACGGUGAAAAGUUUGUUGCAAUAA